CCCGUACAGUAUCUGGUAGUGGCACUACAACUGUCAUCAUAAAGACACCACACCAAGAUCUUGACUGAAAAGAGUUCAACCGGAGAAGUUUGUACAAAAAAGAAAUGAGGUUUUCAAUUUACAUGACAAUGCUCCUUCUUUGGGUGAGCCAAGACCCGACCAAAUGUGAGAAAACAGGGGUAGUCCUUGACACCAUAAGGGUUGCCGUAGGAGAACCAUUAACGUUGAACUGCACAUACGACUGUUCCCCUGGGUUUGUCCGUGGCUGUUGGAGUCCUGAAGAAGUCUCUGGCACUGCAGGAUGUUUGGGUACAAUCACCCAGAAUGAAGUCUGCACCGUAUCUCUACAGUUUCCAAACAUUUCUAUCGAAGAUGUCGGCUCCAUCCAAGUCUGCUACUCUGAGAACACAGCUCACCCGGAGCUGAAGCGACAAAUAGAGCGUAGGGUGGAGCUGCAGAUUCAUGGCCAAAGAGACAUUCCCAGUUGGACCACAGGUUCUGACACGGCAAGCACUGAAAUCAAAUGGACUGAAAUGAUAACACCCUCAAUUCCCACCCAACCAAAGGAUUCAGGGGAGGUGGCUGGAAUGAAUACUCUGCAAAGAUCCAUUGCAAUUGUUGGCAUUGCCCUUGUGGGGUUAGGGUUUUUCCUCUUAGUAAAGUAUAAAAGGAAGGGCGGCCCUGUUGAUUCAGUAAAGGAUCGGCCUAUAUCACUAGGUUCCCAUGCCAACCGAUCACCUGCUAGAGAGGACCAGAGCGACAGCGAGGUGGCUUACGCUGACAUCGUGAUCACUGUCCGAGGGGCGAGCUCACCAGAGCUCGCGCAGAUAUGUUACGGCAGUCACGAAGACCAAAGAGAGCGCUGGAGAGAUGAGACGUACCUGAGCCCCUUCCCUGCGUCUCACCUGCCGCAGAUCUCGCGCUCUGCUGACCGACUCAACGUGAUCCCGAGAGAAAUCUCGCGUAAACUGAGCACCAACUCAGAGUAUGCAAUUAUUACGUAUUCGUGAUUGAGAUGGCCUGCUAGGACAAACUUAAUGUAUUAAAUCCAUGCCUGACUUAAAUGCUUGAUUCUAAUUAUGUACAUGUUGGUUUUAAUAGUGUGUAUUAAAAUAAA